AUUCCUUGUAAAUUUUUCAAGAAUGGCAAUUGUUUAUCAGGAAACAACUGUAAAUUCUCGCAUGACAUUUCACCUACCACCAACAAUAGCUCUAUUGCAUCAUCAACAGCAAAAAUAAAUAUUAAGGGUAAUAAUGGUCUUUAUUCACCAAAUAAAAAAACAAUCGAAAUAUCAUCUUUAAAUACAAAUGUUUCAACAUCCUCAUCAACAUCAACUUUAUCUUCAUCAUCAUUAAAUAAUAAUAAUUAUAAUAAUAGUAAUUCAAGCACAAAUAGUACCCAUAGAUCUGAAGUACUUUGUCACUUCCAUAUUCAAGGUAUUUGUAGAAAUGGUGAUUCAUGCAAAUUUGUUCACGGUAAUCCAUGCGAAGUUUGUGGUAAAUGUAUGUUAGUACCAGGUAAUCAAGAACAAAACGAUCAACAUAUUACAGAAUGUCUUAUUCAACAAGAGAAAUUUAAUCAACGUGAACAAAUGAAACAUUUAGAAUGUGGUAUUUGUUAUGACUCUGUUGUUGACAAAGGACGUCGUUUCGGUUUAUUAAGUCAUUGUGACCAUAUUUUUUGUUUAGAAUGUAUCAGAGAAUGGAGAGGUACCUCAGCAUCCACAAUUGGCCAAGCUAAUACCGCUGUUCGUUUAUGUCCAUUAUGUAGAUUCAACUCUCAUUUCAUUAUCCCUGCCGAUAUCUUUGUCUCUGAUGAGAAGAAGAAAGAAAUUAUUGAAAUCUAUAAAUCAAAAUUAGCAACUAUUCCAUGUAAAUACUUUAACAAAGGUCGUGGUCAAUGCAAAUUCUCAACAUCAUGCAUGUAUUUACAUUUAAAUGCUGAUGGCUCAAUUUAUAAACCAUUGGUUAGAAAAGUUCAAUCCUCUUUCGGCGAUACCACCUUACAUAAUAAUCAAUUGGGUAUGUUUAUGCAAAAUUUAACUCCAAGAAGCAGUAGAAACAAUUCAAAUAGUCCAAAUGAUAGUUUAUCAAAAGAUCAUAUUUAUGAUGAAAAUAGUUAUGAAGAAUAUGACGAAGAAUAA